UGCAACGGAUGACGGGUAUGGCGACGUGUAGCAUGAAUUAUUUUCGACUUUCUUCGUGAAAAUUAUCAGAUUUAAACCCAUACACGACAAAAUUUGUUUGAUAUUUGGUGUUUCUUGAUAAACAGUACAAGCAAGUUAUCCAGGAAAUCAUGAAUUAUAAUCAUUCAGCUGCAGGGCGAGUAGGAAAAUCAAAAAGGUUACUUGACCCAUCUGCUGGUUUAUCUACACCAACAUCUACACCAACAAUGCCCCAGGGUGCAUACGCAUAUAAUCAGCAAAUUCCUAUGGACAAUGGUGUACCUCAAGAAUAUGGUUUCAACGUAUCAGGACAACAGCCUGCACCAUACGGAUUUAAUAUGUCAAUGCCAAUGCAACAAUUCCCACCUGGUGAAAAUCUGGGAAAUGAAUAUUCGUCACCACAAUUUGGGUCACAGAUGUUAGGCCAACCAAUAGUUACAAAUAUGGCUUUACAUUACGGAACUUCUAUAGUAGGAUCUGGAAAACGAAACUUCGAAAAAUAUGUGCCAGUUACAGCUCUUAAAUAUUAUUUUGCUGUUGACACAGACUAUGUUGUUUCAAAGAUAGCUUUGUUGUUUUUCCCAUUCACACAUAAGGAUUGGUCUGUAAAAUACGAACAAGAUGCACCACUACAACCACGUUAUGAAAAAAAUGCACCUGAUAUGUAUAUUCCCACAAUGGCAUUUUUAACAUAUAUAGUUGUGGCUGCAUUAGUUUCAGGAACUCGAGAACAGUUCACUCCAGAACAGUUAAGUAUUUUGGCUAGUACUGCUCUAGCAUGGAGUGUCUUAGAAUUAGUGGUGCACAUUGUAAGUCUUUAUGUAAUGAAUCUUGAAACAAGUCUUUCAACUUUAGAUUUAUUAGCCUAUUGUGGUUACAAAUAUGUCGGUAUUAAUGCAGCUUUAUUAGUUUCAUUACUAUUUCAAAAAUUGGGUUAUUAUAUAGUUUGGCUAUACUUCAGUGCAUCUUUAGCAUUUUUCCUUAUGCGGUCAUUAAAAUUAAGGGUCAUUCCACAAAAUCAUAGUUCAUAUACAGCUUCUGGUAAUAAAAGAAGACUCUAUUUUAUAUUAUUCGUAGCAGGUAUACAACCUGUACUAAUGUGGUGGCUAUCGUAUCAUUUUCUUUAA